CCGCAACCACCGCCAUCGAGCCAUUGGAGUUCAUACACUACGCGGCUCGAAUUCGACAUCAUGGGCCCCCCAAAAUACCAACCUCUGCCCGACCACCCUCUCAAAGCACCAUAUGUGCGACCGCUGUACCGAUUCACUGCCACUGCGCUAGGCGCAUCCAUGUGGUUCUUCUUGAUGUACCGGGCGAAGAAGGAUGGACCGGCCCUCCUCGGCUGGAAGCACCCGUGGGAUCAUUGAACUACUGGAGUGGGAGAGAGAUACCGGCAUACCGACAAUGAACUGUAAACUUGGGGUCAAUGUAUAUAACCAAGGGGAAGGACUCCAGACCCGCAAUAAGAACAAGGAGCUCUUGCAUCCAUUUCAGCGUCGCCAAGACCUCGAAUUUAAAGACAUCAAAC